GAAAACGGAAGUUUAGUCGAACUUUCAACAUGCUGUUCAGACUCGUGAAGCAAAAAUGCAGUCAUAGUCAUGAGAGUGCAGUAUGGCAGUGCUGAAUUUGUCAUUUGCGGCAUGUGGAUUCCUGGGAAUCUACCAGUUAGGCGCUGUUAGAGCCAUACUGCGGCAUGGAGACAAGUUGCUGGGCUCUCUUAGGGCAUGUGCAGGGGCAUCUGCUGGAGCCCUCGUGGCUGCAGUGCUUGUCACUGCUCCAGACAAACUGGAGAAUUGCAAAGCUUUUACAUAUAGAUUUGCCAGUGAUGUCAGGACCAAGAAGCUUGGAGCCAUGACACCAGGAUAUGACUUCAUGCUCACCCUUAGGGAAGGUAUAGAGGACAUUUUACCCAGUGAUGCCCACAGCCUGGCAGGUAAUCGCCUUCAUGUCUCCAUAACACACUCCAGAAGUGGCAAGAACAGGAUCAUAUCCAGCUUUUCCUCCAGGGAAGAGCUCAUAAAGGCACUCCUAGCAAGCAGUUUUGUUCCAGUGUAUGCAGGAUUUAGCCCAGUGGAAUUCCAAGGACAGAAAUGGAUAGAUGGAGGGUUCACAGACAGCCUUCCUAUUUUGCCUGAGGGUCGUACCAUAACAGUGUGCCCCUUUGCUGGACCUCAAGAUGUUUGUCCUCACCACAGAGGACGCACUAACCUUCGCCUCAAACUUGCCAACAUGGACAUAAUGUUUUCCAAGGAGAACAUGUUACGGUUGAACCAGGCAUUGUUUCCGCCUUCGGCAAGUCGCAUGAAAGAGCUCUGUCAGGAAGGAUAUGAAGACGCUGUGAGGUUUUUAAAGAAAGAAGACUGGAUGCACCAGGAUCUUGUUUGAGUACAUUUCGUCAAUCAUUUAUCAACAUCAUGAAUUAAAUGGACACAAUAAUCAGGGUCACAAACACUGAAAUUAUUUAUCUUUGUUAUAAUUUUUAUUAUUUUACCUACAUUGAGUGGAUUUUACAGUUUUGAACUGAAAGGAAUGUAAAUUAAAUACAUUGUUUUAGCAUG